UCCGCUUUCCGAGCCAACUUUGAACGCACCGGGGGUUUUCGUCAGAAUGAGGGAUGCGAAGCGGCUCGUGGGCUGCGCACGUGUAGAGCACAUUUAGAGGUUGCUUUAAGAAAACGUCCUCUGGUUCUUGGAUCAGUAGUUUAUUUUAGAAUAGAGGAACUCUGAACCAUUUCUCGGCUGUGGCGAAACUCUGGACCGAAGAAGAUUCACGACUUAUGAGUAAAAUGAUGAAGUACAUCCUGGUGACUGGUGGGGUCAUCUCCGGCAUCGGUAAAGGCAUCAUUGCGAGCAGUGUGGGAACCAUCCUCAAGUCGUGCGGUUUGCAUGUGACGGCCAUCAAAAUCGACCCGUACAUCAACAUCGACGCGGGGACUUUUUCCCCCUACGAGCACGGUGAGGUGUUUGUGCUCGAUGACGGCGGGGAGGUGGACUUGGAUUUGGGGAACUAUGAGCGCUUCCUCGACAUCCGGCUGACCAGAGACAACAACCUGACCACCGGGAAGAUUUAUCAGUCGGUCAUCAACAAAGAGAGGAGGGGAGACUACCUGGGCAAAACCGUUCAAGUGGUGCCACACAUCACAGAUGCCAUCCAGGAGUGGGUGGUGAAGCAGGCCAAAGUGCCGGUGGAUGAUGAUCAAGUAGAACCUCAAGUGUGUGUGAUCGAGCUGGGGGGCACGGUGGGAGACAUCGAGAGCAUGCCCUUCAUCGAGGCCUUCCGACAGUUCCAGUUCAAAGUGAAAAGAGAGAACUUCUGCAACAUCCACGUCAGCCUGAUCCCACAGCCCAGCGCUACAGGGGAGCAGAAGACCAAACCCACGCAGAACAGCGUCCGGGAGCUGCGAGGCCUGGGCCUGUCUCCUGACCUGAUCAUGUGCCGCUGUUCUACUGUUCUGGAGACUUCAGUCAAAGAGAAGAUCUCCAUGUUCUGCCAUGUGGAGCCGGAGCAGGUCAUCUGUGUCCACGACGUGUCGUCCAUCUACAGAGUGCCCUUACUGCUGGAGGAUCAGGGUGUAGUGAGCUUUCUCAGCAGGAGACUCAACAUGCCCAUCGAGGCCAAACCCAGGAAGAUGCUGACCAAGUGGAAGGAGAUGUCCGACAGGUCGGACCGGCUGCUGGAGCAGUGCUCCAUCGCGCUGGUGGGGAAGUACACCAAGUUCUCCGACUCGUACGCCUCGGUCAUCAAGGCCCUGGAGCACUCUGCACUGGCCAUCAGCCACAAACUGGAGGUGAAGUACAUAGACUCGGCGUGUUUGGAGCCCGCCACCCUGCAGGAGGAGCCGGUGAAAUACCACGAGGCGUGGCAGAAGCUCUGCAGCGCCGAUGGAAUCCUGGUUCCAGGAGGGUUCGGGGUGAGAGGAACGGAAGGAAAGAUUCACGCCAUCACCUGGGCCAGGAAGCAGAAGAAACCCUUCCUAGGUGUGUGUCUGGGGAUGCAGCUGGCCGUCUGCGAGUUUGCAAGGAGCGUCCUGGAGUGGACAGAUGCCAACUCCACAGAGUUCGACCCAGAAACCAGCCAUCCUGUGGUUAUCGAUAUGCCAGAACACAACCCUGGGCAGAUGGGCGGCACCAUGAGGCUGGGGAAGAGACGGACCAUCUUCAAGAGCGGAAGCAGCGUCCUGCGGAAACUUUAUGGAGAUGCAGAGUAUGUAGAGGAGAGGCACCGGCAUCGCUUUGAGGUAAAUCCAGAGCUGAAGAGUCACUUUGAGGAGAAAGGCUUCCGGUUCGUUGGUCAGGACAUCGAGGGGGAGAGGAUGGAGGUCAUAGAGCUGGACGAUCACCCGUAUUUUGUGGGGGUGCAGUACCACCCAGAGUUCACGUCCCGUCCCAUCAAACCAUCGCCUCCCUACCUUGGUCUGCUGCUGGCGGCAGCAGGAAAGCUGCAGUCGUAUUUGCUCAAAGGAUGCCGACUUUCUCCUAGGGACACGUAUAGCGAUCGCAGCGGCAGCAGCACGCCAGACUCUGAGAUUUCAGAGUUGAAGUUGCCGUCUAUUGGAACGGAUUCUGCGUGAAGACGAGUUCCUCUCAGGAGGGAGCAGCUGCUCAUGUCCUGUGGCCUUGUGUGAUCUUGUAUUUUAAGCAUGUUUGUAGAAUAUUUCAAUAAAUAGGAUUCACACAAUUUC